UGUUGUAUGGGGUCAGAGAUCAGAAGACACGUGGAGAAAAAGGACUUCAUAAAUACUAAAAGCUAGAAUCGAAAUGAAGGCAGCCUUGAUAGCAGCCACGGUCCUCACACUCGUCUGCUCCCUUCAUAAAGCCAGUUCUCUGGGGAAGCUGAACGUACCGGUAGUUUUACUUCCCUAUGUCCCCUCCAGCACUGGAGUCAAGGUCAACUUCACUCUGAGCUCCCCUCAAGGUUGCUUCUCUUGGUUGAGCAUUAAACCGGACAUAGUGUCAGUGAAGCCGCUGUAUUUGGAGGAGGAGCCUGGAUGCUCUCGGGAGGCAGAGCUCACGGCUCAGUCCACUCAGCCAAUCAGAUUGAGCAGCAUCAUCAUCGCUGAGGAGAUCGCCACGGGGCAGACACUGCGUUGUGACGUAUUUGUAGCCUCAAUUGAGCGUAUUGAGAUCACAACUCGUACGAGGGAGCUGCUGUUGGGGGAGGAGCCCGAGCGUUUCAGUGUGCAGGCUUUUGACGAGGAAGGCAAUAUAUUCAGCACCCUGGGGGGUCAUAUAUUUGAGUGGACACUCCUUCCUGACGAGGAAGCCACCCACCAACAAGCAUCCCCUGAGGCCAUACUCAACUUUAUACCUUUUGAAGAGUCCUCCUAUUCCACUGACCCCGUCAUCCGCAGUCUAGAACGAGAGGGUCUCCAAGGUGAUAUGGUGCUGGUGGCGGGCGUCAACACUGGUACGGCAAAGGUCAGGGUCCGUCUGAGGGAUAGGGCGUGGCAGGGGGUGGAGCCUGAUAUUGUCAAGCUUCUAGUCAUUGAAAACAUCAUGCUACAACCCUCCAUGGAUGUAUACAUUCUGCCACUCUCCUUUGUCGAGUAUCGAGUGGAGAGACGGAAGCAUGGGAGGUCAGAGGUCAUCACCAUGCCAUCGGAACAGUAUUCAUUGGAGCUGACUAAUACAACAGUGGGGAGACUCCACCCACAGAGGUCAAGGGUCACCGGACUGGUGGUGGGCUACACUGAGGCCAUCCUACAAGACAUCAACAUGUUACACACUCCAUCAGCCUCUAAACCAAGUGCUGGAAUACACGUCGUCCCUCCUCAUCACCUUGGUUUCUCCAUCGCCCCCGGCAACAACUGGAUGUUGGAGGUGGGUAGAGACUACGCCAUCACUGUGAAUGUGUUUAACAAAAUGAAUCACAAGAUUAUCAUCACUGAGAACGUCCCCCUCUCUACGGAGCUGCCCUCCCUCUAUCUGGAGUCUCACUUCUCAUCACUCAACUCCUCCUAUCAUUACGUCAGGGCUCUCAAAAAGGGAGUGGCCACCCUACACUCCACCCUCAGCAAACUAACGAACCUAGACACUGGUGAGGUUUAUGACCUCCCGACCCUCAUAACCAAGCACCAGGUGGUGGAGAUCAACGACCCAGUGCAAGUGACCCCCAAACACCUCGUCAUUCUCUGGGACCCCCAAACAGAGUUCAAAUACCAGCACCAAUUGAAUGUGACUGGAGGCAGUGGCAGUUAUCAGUGGUCUUGUGAUGUGGUGGGGAUUGUGGGCGUGUCCAGUACAGGCUUGCUCACCACUAAGACCAAGGGGAACACCCUAGUGGUAGCCGUGGAUACCAAAAACACGGCACACUUCGAUAAAACAGAGGUAUUUGUGGUACCCCCUGCUGUGAUGACGUUCCUCCCCUCCAGAGUAGAGGCUCUCGUUGGGACCACCCUCACUCUCCCACUGCAGAUCAAAGGUCAUGCCGGACCGGCCACACCUUCAAAUACAGACAAUCUCCAACCAUUUCAUGACUGCUCUAAAUUGACGCUAAAUGUUCAAUCGAGCGACCAAUCAGUUUUCAACGUAACGUCACAUGAUGGCUCAUCAUUGCAGCUACGCUAUGAUGGAGCUUGUACUAGUCUCAAAGCCACUGCUACAACUCCUGGCCAUACAACGAUAACCGUCACCUAUAAUCACAGGGGAGUGUUCCUACAAGCUGUCGUUACCAUAGCAGCCUACCCACCUCUUCGGCUGGUUGACCCUGAGAUCAUUGCCGUGGUUACCCUCGGCUCGUCCAAAAACUUUGUGUUUAAGGGAGGACCUGCUCCGUGGGUCCAAGAUCAGUCAAAGUUUGUGGAGAAAUUGGUUAGUAAUGAGACCAGUAGCAUUGUGUCCAGUCAUCACAUGACAAGAGGGGGUGCUCUCAUGCACGUGUAUCGAGUGGUGUGCCGAGGGUUGGGGGCGGAGUUUCUCACACUGAGCGUUGGGAACGAACGUACACAUAGCAACAGGUUCCCUGCCAACCAGACCACCACAGCAAGAAUCUAUUGUGCCGAGCCUGUUUCCAUGACAAUACGACCAGUGAUUGGUCAUAUGCCAGACUGCCCUCUAUUGACUCAGACCAACAAUCACAAUAUUCAGUUUCCUGUGCGGAGUGGACGACCUUUGACCCUUGAAAUAACUCUGUAUGACAAUGUAGGGAGGGUGUUCGACAAUUUCACAUCGCUGCAAUGGACGUGGGAAUCGUCCAAUCAGAAUGCUCUACCUACCCCCCAGACCUCCUCACUACAGCACAAGGACUCAAAAACUUUAUUGUCUGUGAUACUGGGAGGUGUGUCUGGUGCAGCUGUUCUCACGGCUUCCUCCAACCAGUACCUGCCCUCUGUACUCUCCAGGGAGAUCCUAUCUCCUCAGGGGCCAUUUUCUCCCGGUGUCAAUUUCUCUCUUUCUCUCCUCCUUCGCAAUCCACCAGAACUGACACCUAACGAAAUACUGCUCUUCAAUCACCCUCUAAACAAGGGCGCCCUCACUAUAACCCACGGCUCUGAUCAUUUCCGAGUGGAUCACAUGACCAAGACACUCCCCCCUGCCAGCACACUCUACACUGCGGAUACACGGCAGAUCACUUUAACCCCUGUGCUUGAGGGGUUAAUGACGAUAUCGCUGACAGAUCUUUGCCUGGAGAUAGACAAAGCUGCCAGCUCAGCAGUUAUUGUCGCGGGUGUGUACAGUAUCGAGGUCCAUGUGACAGACAAACUUCAACUAGGCAAUUCUUCACUGGCCUUUGUGAGGGUGUUGGAUAGUCGCCAAGUGCCCUUCCCCGUCGACCAACUCAGAUUAAUGAAUCUUCAAGCCAAUCCUAAGUCUUCGCACAUCAAAGUGGCCCCAGCGUCCAAUCAGAUCCUCUCUACCUUAUCACAUGACCAGACCUCCCACAGUGCUGUGUACCAGGUCACUGGGGUUGCCGUGGGAACUGCCCACCUCCUGUUUAACGCCACGUCCAACAGUCGUGUCGUGAGUAGCUGGCCUAAAGAAGUUCAAGUAUUUGAUGCUCUGCAACUAUUCCCAGAGCACAUCACACUACUACCAACAGCUACCUUCCAGAUCCAUAGCUCGGGAGGACCUGUACCACACAGCACUGUCAUCUACACCAUAUCAAAUAUCACCGUGGCUACCGUCGACGAAACUGGACUAAUCGUAGCUGCUACACCCGGUGUUACCAUAGUAACAGGUCAAGCCCAAACCUUGGACUCCAACACAGGGCAGCUGGUUACAUACUCGCAAGAUGAAGUCCACGUACACGUUAUCAAACUAACUGGAAUCAAACUUUUUGUACCAUCAACCAAACUACUCGCCGGUGAAGAAAUUGCCGUUUAUGCUAUUGGAAUGCACAACGAGAGCCCGUUCUCUUUCGGGAGUGUGACGUCAGAGCUGUCGUUUCAUUGGUCGGUUAGCAAUAUGGACAUACUAGUUCUCUCGUCCGUCUACGAAGAGGCUAGUGUUUCGUUGGACGAAGAGCAAGAUUUCGACGCCAUGCUACGUGCUCGCAAUCCAGGACAAAGUGUGGUACGGAUCACGGCCAAGUGUGGAACUGGAAUGUGCGAUCCGGAACUGGCUACUUUCACAAAUCAGGUUCAGGUUCGAGUUUUACCUCCUCUAGAGUUACUGCGACCUAUGGGCGGCCAUUUUUUAUUGCCUCAAAAUGGGAAAGCAAAGAUUGUGACGAAUCGCGAUGGAAUCUCUCGAUUGAGUUAUCAGCUGAUGCAGAGCGUGGGCGUUGGGAGUGGGAGUAGUGUGAUACGUGUGAGUAGUGAGGGGGAGAUCGGUACAGCUGCUGUAAACGGACACGCUGUUGUCAUGGUGACUGCGGAUGCAAUGGGCAUGGGAAUCAAUCAGAGUGUGGUCGUACAUGUGGAGGUUCGACAGAUAUCCAGUGUAUCGAUUGUCCCUCUCUCAUUCGCACAAGCCACACCCUCCUCUAAAGAUCACGCCUAUCCACUCGGCUACUCGGCAGAGUUCAUAGUCUAUCUCCAUGACAACAUCGGACGUCAAUUCAAGUACGCAAGCAUCCCACUCUCCCAUCGUCUCAGCCGUUCUGAUAUCGUACGCAUGUCCCCUGAGUCUGGAAACUCCACCUACACAAUAAAAGCGUCAAAACAAGGAAAUACAAUCCUCAAAAUAUGGACCACCUCUCAUCCUCACAUCAUUGAUUACGUUCGCAUACAAGUGGGUUAUGCUAUUCUUCCGUCGCUGGCUACUGUUCAUCUUGGGUGUACUAUAUGCUUCACUACGCAUUUGAAGGAAGAAACUACCGGGCUGUGGUCAGUCGGCGAAAAGGGGGUGCUCCAAAUAAAAUCAAAGACGGGGGUGGGUGUGGCUAAAUCGACCGGACGAGCAGUUGUGUAUCACAGCAGUUACAGUACAGUGGACACACACACGGAGAUAACGGUAUCGAAAGUUGAACACGUCCAAUUCUCAGCCUCCCUAACACCAACUUUCACCAACGCUCAGCGUAAACCAGAGCUAGGAUCUUAUCGCAUACCAGUGCAGUUCUAUCAUUCCAACAACGAACUCUUCUCUCCUCUGUACACAAGUCCUGCCUGCUCUAACGAUUCUAACACCUCAGGCAGCACUUAUCUACAGCAAGUACCGUUUCAGUGCAAGCUAGAGCUAAAAGAGGCUAACAAUAAUCCACUAUUUGCCUUAAAAUACAUAACAGUUGAUUCGAUUUUUGAUGCGACCAACGGCCAAAGUUACUGUGAGCUUGGACCUGCUGAUGCGGUAUUUCGUGAAACGAUUGCUACCACGGAUAGACUGUCUUUGUCGCUGCAAGUAAGAGUGUUUGAUUUGCUGAAGUCGUAUGAAGUGCUUUCGAUGAGUUCAAAGGUUCCUUUUGUACCCGCGUUUGUUUUGAGCCGUGACAAGAUUCGACUCGGGAGUGGGGAGACCUUCGCUGAUGUCAAGGUGACUGGUCUACCUCAACAGCUGCAGGAACUCAAGGUGGUGAGUCCGUACCCAGUGUCUGCCGUGAGGAUCUCCUCUCCCACACCCACAGAGGCAAACUAUCGUAUCUCUCUCCUCGACAAUAAUCCCUUCUCUGACGACCAAUCAGAUUCAGUUCGAGUAACCUUCACUACCACACUAGCACAGCAGGAAACAAGCAUUCUAGUGACACUAAUGUCACAUGAUGAACUGUCCGGACCACCCCUUCAAAUAGUUACUGCGGCGAUGCCCUCAAAUUCGAACCGUGUAUCGACAGAAUCUCCAUUCUCAGAUGACUUUAAGUAUGUAAUGGUCAUCGUCAUAACGAUACUAGCGGUCGUCAUAGCUACCUUUGUGAUCUGUAUGGCCGUCAAGCAAGGCUCGAGUCAAUCGUCCAUGGGAUUUGCCGCUCACUUGCCACCAAAGGGACCACCUCAGGCUGCCUUCACACCUGGCACACCUCACACACCCUUCUCCCCACGCACACCUGGCCAUGGGGGGUCAGCCGGUGGCAGUGCAUUCAAGCGACCCGGCUACUCCCCCUCCCCACAACAUGGACUGUUCAGUCAAUAGACACUCUAUAAUAUUAUUAGUGGAACUGUUAGAUAAUUAUGAUAAUUAUUAUUCAACCCGAUGAUCAUGCUAUAAAAUUAUAAUUAUUUUAUUUGUCAUUAAUGAAAAUUAAUAUGCAAUGUC